GGAAAUCUGAUCCCCAAUCUAUCAAUGACUGUCUGGAAUUGUUUGUGAUACUUUUUAUCAUAUUUGUGAACAGUUUCGUUAUGAUAUGUAUUUAGACAGUAAUGUGAAUACGCAUAUACUAAUUCAGACGGAUGAGAAGAAACGCUACAAAUGGUUCCAAACAAUUAUCAAUCGGUGGGGUUUGUGCGGUCACAAGCAAAACAUCAAUCACUUACCACGAUGACUUCUGGUCGUUACCUCAAGACUAAUCAGUUUUCAGAUUAAAUUUGAUGUGAGCUGCCGUGCUUAUUUUACCGCUGAAUUCUUGCACCAGGAACCGGUCUACGCCGAGACUUGAAUUCAACUUUUUUUUUCCUAUCCCAUUUCGUUCGCAAUUCUCUCUCUACCUCGGCUCCUAUUGAUUGUUUUGUUCUCGCAGGGAUUAUUAAAAACCCACUAUCCUUGCACACAAGAAAAACCACCAAAGCCUCACAAGUGCACAUAGGUACUUGUCUGUGUGAUUUACUCAGAAUGCAUAACCUCAUCCGAGUUGUUUUAUUGUUAUGCUUGUUAGCAGAGGUGAAGAUCAAUCCGAUGGAGGUGGCGGCAGCAGGUUCAAGGGGAAGUGAGAGGGAUGUUGCUUCUCUAAUGGAAUUCAAAAAUUCAGUCACGCAGGAUCCUCUUGCUGUACUGCACACCUGGAACCAGAGCCUGAACUUUUGCAAUUGGACGGGAAUCCGCUGCAACACUGAAAAAUGGCGUGUUGUAAGACUAGAUUUAGGAAACAUGAGUCUGCAGGGCGUGCUGCCCCCCCAGCUGGGGAAUUUGUCCUUCCUUCACUACCUCGACCUCUCCUUCAACAGAAUUGGGGGCCAAAUUCCCUCUGCUCUCGGGCGCCUGCGACGCCUCAACUUCCUUUAUCUUCACGGAAACUUGCUGGAAGGCUCUGUUCCUCAUUCUCUCGGAACAUGCCUGCGUUUGAGGGAGCUCCAUUUAUCCAGAAACAACCUCAAUGGCAGCCUUCCAUGGCAACUGGGUAACUUGCCCAACCUGCAAGUCCUGACAUCCUGGGCGAAUUGCCACUCGGGCAGCAUUCCCGCGGCGUUGGGAAAUUGUUCUAUGCUUCGGCUUAUUGAUUUAUCUGAUAACGAUUUGGAAGGCACGAUUCCUUCCCAAAUUGGAUCUCUCACUAAGCUUGAGGUCAUCAAUUUGGACAACAACCGAAUCAGUGGAGAAAUCCCAACUUCUGUGCUAAAUUGCACAGAGUUGAGAAAUCUUUCUUUGGUUAAUAACUCUCUGAGUGGGGUGAUUCCAUCGGAGAUAGGCGUCAAGCUUUCCAAGCUUGAGUACCUGGUUCUGCCACAAAAUAAGCUCAGCGGGGUAAUUCCCAAAUCACUGGGAAAUUGUUCGAGGCUUUCUGUGCUCGAAUUGGCGUGGAAUGAAUUGAGCGGCGUGAUACCUCAGGAAUUGGGUAAUCUUCUCCGUCUGACCACCCUCAAUCUGUUUUGUAAUCAUUUCGUGAGCGGAAGUGGAAGUGCGAAUGGUGUUCCUAUAUUGAAUGCACUUAUUAACUGCUCCCUGUUAAAAAGGAUGGAUUUGACAGACAAUUAUCUUGAAGGUAUACUGCCUCCUUCGCUGGGUCUGCUCUCUCCGUUUCUCUCCACUUUCUCAUUAGAAAGCAACCACAUAAGAGGCAACAUACCCCAUCAGAUAGGUAAUCUCACAGGACUCACAGAAUUGUACUUGGGUGGCAAUUCCUUGGAUGAAGCCAUUCCUUCUGCCAUAGCUAGGCUUCCCAAUCUACAAAUGUUAAAUAUCAGUCGCAACCAAUUGGAAGGCCCCAUCCCAAUGGAAUUGGGUAUGACGAAACGCCUGGUAUUUAUUAUACUGCAGAACAAUUCGCUAUCUGGAACAAUCCCCAAGAGCCUGGGAAGUCUUGAAUUAUCAAUAAGGCAGAUAGAUUUAAGCAUCAAUAGACUGAACGGGAGCAUACCGCCAGAACUUGGAAACUGCUCAAAUCUUGAACUCCUGGAUGUGUCAUAUAAUCGUCUCACAGGAAACAUUCCUUUGGAGGUUGCCAAUCUUCACUAUUUACAGUUGUAUUUCAAUCUAUCCAACAAUCAAUUGACAGGGCCGGUGCCUGGAUUGCUCGGGGGGAUGCAAAUGGUACAAGCAAUCGACCUCUCCUCCAACAAAUUAUUAGGCCCAAUUCCUCAAGGUCUUAGUGGCUGUGUAGAACUUGAGUACCUCAAUUUGUCUCAGAAUAAGCUUCAAGGAACUCUUCCAGCAUCAUUUGGCAACCAACUGAAAAGCCUUCAAGACAUUGAUUUGUCUUUCAAUAACUUAUCAGGGUUACUUCCAACAUCCCUGGGAAAGCUGGAAAUACAGCAUCUAAAUUUGUCAUACAAUCAUUUCUCAGGACCAGUCCCCUGUUCUGGAGCAUAUAAGCAGCAGAAAAUCACUUCGUUCUUAGGGAAUCCCCAGCUGUGUGGGAAGUGGCUGGGUUUGCAGGAUUGUCCUCAGGGGAAGCGUCAUGGUAGUGUCCACAAAGGGAAACUAGUUCUCCUGAUUUCCAUCCUUGCUGUCUCUGCCUUGUCUUGCCUUGCCGCUAUAGGAUUUUGGAUUACAUUUAGAAAUAAGAGAAGCUCGAGUGGUUUAAUGCGAAAAGAAGAUCUGAGCAGAGCAACCGAAGCUUAUAAUCCUAGGAACUUAAUUGGAAGUGGUAGCCUUGGAUCAGUUUACAGAGGCGUUCUUCCAGAUGGUAAGAUUGUGGCUAUCAAAGUUCUUACUCCAAAGCGCCAAGAAGCAGAUGAUUGUUUCCAAAGAGAGUGCCAAACAUUACUGAAGGUUGCACAUCCUAAUUUGGUGAAGAUAAUAGGUUCAUACUCAGAGGCAGAGUUCAAAGCUCUGGUAUUAGAAUUCGUGCCAAACGGAAACCUGGACAAACAUUUGCACAGAGACUCAGUUGAUAGCAGUGAAGCACCAGAAUUGAGUUUGAGGAGGCGAUGGGAAAUUCUGUUCCAAAUAGCCCGUGCGGUUUCAUACUUACAUCAUGACUGCUCUCCAGCCAUUGUUCACUCGUUACUUCACUGCGACAUAAAACCGCAGAACGUGCUUCUGGACGAAAGCAUGAGAGUUCGUGUUGCCGAUUUCGGAAUCGCACAACUCGUGAACGAUGCAUCGGCCAUUACCUCGACCUUGAGAGGUUCUUUCGGUUACAUUGCACCAGAGUAUGGAAUGGGAGGAAGAAUUUCAGUGAAAGGGGACGUGUACAGCUAUGGCGUGGUAGUGCUGGAGAUGCUUACUCAAAAGAGGCCGACGGAUCCAAUGUUCGCAAAUGGAUUAACUCUGUCCGAAUGGGUUUCUCAUUCAUUUCCACAUAGUCUGAAAGAUAUAGUUGCAGCGGAUUUAGUUGAAGAGAUAGGGCCAAAGAGCGGAUAUGGAAAUUCAAUGGUUGAGGGGUUGCUACAGCUGGGGCUCUCCUGUACCUCUCAACUUCCACACCACAGACCAUCUAUGGCGGAGGUGGUAAUGGAAUUAAAUAAUUGGGGAUACUUCUUUAAUUAAUCAAUCAAUCAAAGACGGAAGUUAUUUCUCUCAUGGCAUUCAAGAAUGCUGCGCAGUUGGAAGCAGAGCAUUCACUUUUGCAAUUGGACCCUCAUCAAUUGCAACACUGAAAACUGGUAUGUUGUGGGAUUGAAUCUGAGAAACAUAAACUUGCUGGACGUCCUCCUCUGUAAGUCGACCUACUGGAUGCAGGUCACUUUUUCUACAUUCUUCUAAACUUUUUAUCAUGGCUGAAUGGUCAGACGGUUGAAGAGCAGUUUGAUAUUUAAUUCACAUAAAAGUGUAAAUAUCUAUUCUAUUGUAAUUGGCCAGAAUUAAUCUAUACUUCUUUAACUCUUCAUA